AUGGCUGCAAUCUCUUCUCUUUCCUUUCCAGCGUUGGGACAAUCGCAAAAGAUCUCCAAUUUCACGCCUUCUCGCCCUCUCGCCUCCGUCUCCGCUGCAAUUCGACGGUUUUCUAGCCACUCUUUGACUUGCUCUAAGCCUUCCACUUCCACUUCCAGAUCUUUUAUUCACUGCAUGUCCACUCUUACCGAUGUGCCUCCUGUAUCCGAGACAAAGUCUAAUUUCCUAAAAGCUUACAAGCGACCCAUCCCCAGUAUCUACAACACGGUUCUGCAGGAGCUCAUUGUACAGCAGCAUUUGAUGAGGUACAAGAGGACUUACCGUUACGAUCCUGUUUUUGCACUUGGAUUUGUCACUGUAUACGAUCAGCUCAUGGAAGGUUAUCCGAGCGAUCAGGACCGAGAUGCCAUUUUUAAAGCUUACGUUGAAGCUUUGAAUGAGGACCCUAAGCAAUACCGAACUGAUGCUCAGAAGAUGGAGGAUUGGGCCCGAAGUCAGACUUCUGCUUCACUCGUUGAGUUUUCCUCUAGGGACGGAGAAAUCGAAGCAAUUCUUAAGGACAUUGCAGCAAGAGCUGGGAGUAAUGAGGGCUUCAGCUACAGCAGGUUCUUCGCAGUUGGCCUCUUUCGUUUGCUUGAGCUUGCAGGUGCAACUGACCCAACUGUCUUGGACAAGCUUUGUGCAUCCCUAAAUAUCAACAAGAAAAGCGUGGAUCGGGACCUCGAUGUGUAUCGCAACCUGCUGUCAAAGCUUGUCCAAGCCAAGGAAUUACUCAAGGAGUAUGUCGAGAGGGAGAAGAAGAAGCAAGGGGAAAGAGCCGAAUCCCAGAAAACUAACGAAACAAUCUCCAAGUGUCUGGGAGAUACUCUAUAUAACCCAUCUUUCUUGGUUGAUUGGAAAUCCUAA